CCAAGCGGCGGCGGCGGCGGCGGUGGCGGCGGCGGGCGGGGCUCGCUCGGCUCCGGCUCCGCUUGGGCUCCGCGGGCGGGCGGGCGGACAUGGCGGCCAACAUGUAUCGGGUCGGAGAUUAUGUGUACUUUGAGAAUUCUUCCAGUAACCCGUACCUAAUCAGAAGAAUAGAAGAACUUAAUAAGACUGCAAGUGGCAACGUGGAAGCAAAAGUAGUGUGCUUUUAUAGACGACGAGAUAUUUCCAACACGCUUAUAAUGCUUGCGGACAAGCAUGCUAAAGAAAUUGAGGAAGAAUCUGAAACAACAGUUGAAGCUGACUUGACUGAUAAACAGAAACAUCAGUUGAAACAUAGGGAACUCUUUUUGUCACGUCAGUAUGAAUCUCUGCCUGCAACACACAUCAGGGGAAAAUGCAGUGUUGCUCUACUGAAUGAGACAGAAUCAGUACUGUCAUAUCUUGAAAAAGAGGAUGCCUUUUUCUACUCAUUGGUCUAUGACCCCUCAGUGAAAACAUUGUUAGCUGACAAAGGUGAAAUCAGAGUGGGCCCUAGAUAUCAAGCAGAUAUUCCAGAAAUGCUCUUAGAAGGAGACUCAGAUGAGAGGGAACAGUCAAAAUUGGAAGUUAAAGUAUGGGAUCCGAAUAGUCCACUCACCGAUCGACAGAUUGACCAGUUUUUAGUUGUAGCUCGUGCUGUUGGGACAUUUGCUCGUGCCCUUGACUGUAGCAGUUCAGUAAGACAACCUAGCUUGCACAUGAGCGCAGCUGCAGCUUCCCGAGACAUCACCUUGUUUCAUGCUAUGGACACAUUAUAUAAACAUGGCUACGAUCUGAGUAGUGCAAUUAGUGUCUUAGUACCACUUGGAGGACCAGUUUUAUGCAGAGAUGAAAUGGAAGAAUGGUCAGCCUCUGAAGCUAGUUUAUUUGAAGAAGCACUGGAAAAGUAUGGGAAAGACUUCAAUGACAUUCGUCAAGACUUCCUUCCUUGGAAGUCAUUGACAAGCAUCAUUGAGUAUUACUACAUGUGGAAAACUACUGAUAGAUAUGUGCAGCAGAAACGCCUAAAAGCAGCUGAAGCUGAGAGUAAACUGAAACAAGUAUAUAUCCCAACUUACAGCAAACCAAAUCCUAACCAAAUAUCUACCACCAAUGGCAAGCUUGGUGCUGUGAAUGGAGCUGUGGGGACCACGUUCCAGCCCCAGAAUCCCCUCUUAGGGCGAGCCUGUGAGAGCUGCUAUGCUACACAGUCUCACCAGUGGUAUUCUUGGGGGCCACCUAAUAUGCAAUGUAGAUUAUGUGCAUCUUGUUGGCUGUAUUGGAAAAAAUAUGGAGGCCUGAAAAUGCCCACCCAGUCAGAAGAAGAGAAGUUAUCUCCUAGCCCAACUGCAGAGGACCCCCGUGUUAGAAGUCACCUGUCCCGGCAGGCCAUGCAAGGGAUGCCCGUCCGGAACACCGGGAGCCCCAAGUCUUCAGUGAAGACACGCCAAGCUUUCUUUCUUCAUACUACAUAUUUCACAAAAUUUGCUCGUCAGGUCUGCAAAAAUACCCUCCGGUUGAGGCAGGCAGCAAGACGGCCAUUUGUUGCUAUUAAUUAUGCUGCCAUUAGGGCAGAAUAUGCAGACAGACAUGCCGAACUAUCUGGAAGCCCACUGAAAAGCAAGAGCACUAGGAAACCAUUGGCAUGUAUCAUUGGGUAUUUAGAAAUUCAUCCUGCAAAGAAGCCUAAUAUAAUUCGAUCUACACCAAGCCUGCAAACCCCAACUACCAAAAGGAUGCUAACCACUCCAAAUCACACCUCUUUGAGCAUUCUUGGAAAAAGAAACUACAGUCAUCACAAUGGCCUGGAUGAGCACUCACCGGAGCAUGCCUCAGUGCUCACUCCAGCUGCCCAGGAGAGCUCUUUCCCAUGGUACCAGUGUGCACCGUCUGUCUGUGAGGAGAUGCCAUCUACUAUGGGUUUGUAUCGUGUUUCCAAUAAAUUUCUGGAAAUCAUAUCUUGCUUUAUGCUGUCCUUCAUUGGGAUGGUGGUCAGCUAUGAGGUUCUGCAUACACAGCUCAACUCAAGUGCUGCUUGCUCCGCCUACUUACAGGACCACCAGCCUUUCUCCUGGGCUGGAGAAACUGAGAUCUCCUGUGUCACAUCCUGAAGAAGUGGAAGUUUUGAGAUGCUCUAUCACCCAAAUAGAUGGUCUUUGACACCCACCCCCCAACCCUUAGGCCUGAGGGUGUAAGCAGAAACAGGCAGACCUUGCCCAUUAUCUGACCGCCAAGGCCAUUCAUGCACAGCCGUGGCCAAUACAGUUCCCCAUGACACCAGCUAGGGAGCCGGAGAUGCAAAAGGAGGUGCUGUAUCCCCGCAUGGGGCUCCCUGUCAGACACCCUUGCUAGAGGGGUCUGCUGGGUUCUGUGAGAGUUCAAGAAACAAAAAGACAGUGGAUUUCAAGAGUUACCAUGGAAAAGCAUGAUAUUGACCUAGGGAUGUUACUGGAGAAGAGAAAAUGGGAUUAAGGCUGUAAGGUUAUAUUUGUAUGUAUAGGAAUAAUGGGAUCAAGGAAUGUUCUGUGGGAGCACAGGACCCCUAUGAUGCUGUGUAGCUCCCGUGUCAUCCCAAAUCAGUGAUCCCACCAUCUUUCUGGAAGCUCCUCCUUAACUCAAUGUGACAUUAUACCUUCACAGAGGGUCAUCAGCCUUGAAUUUUGGGCCAAGACUUUGUUUUUAUGGCUUCCUAAUGGGAGGUCGAGCUGUCUCUCACCUCCUAAGCCUUCACUCCUCCAUUCCCAAGCCAGGCCUUCUAAGAACUCUAUCAGCUUUCUUCACUCUGCCCUAACCCUGCUGAGAUGAUAAUGCCAUUCCCCAGCCCAAGGAGGAGUCCUUUCACCUCUCAAGGGCAGACCCUCCUGGCAUCCACCCAUUCACCUCUUCAGGGU